UUGUCUCAACGUAAUGGUGACCAAGAGGUCGUGAUAGCGUACUUCAGCAAGUCGUUGUCAAAACCGGAAAGGAACUACUGUGUCACAAGACGCGAAUUGCUAGCUGUGGUAAAGUCGUUGCAACAUUUUAGCAAAUAUCUUCUGGGACGAAAAUUUCACUUACGAACUGACCAUGCUGCACUAAAAUGGCUAUUGCAGUUUAAAAACCCAGAAGGACAAGUUGCGAGGUGGAUUGAACUACUGCAGGAAUACGACUUUGAGAUCGAACAUCGCAGCGGGAAAUCUCAUGGCAACGCAGAUGCAUUGUCAAGAAGACCUUGUCCUGAAGAUUGCAAACAUUGUACUAGGCAAGAGAGUAAGGAAGUGGUAUCCGUGAGGAUGCUCAGGGCAGACCACCUCAGCAACGAGUGGAAGGACAGCUUACUACAUGCACAGCAGGAAGAUCCGGACAUCAAGCCGAUUCUGGAAUGGAUAAAGGCCAGUGCUCCCAAGCCCAAGUGGAGUGACGUCUCAGCGAUGAGUUCGACCACUAAAAGCUAUUGGGCCCAGUGGGACAGCUUGCUGCUUCAGGAUGGAGUUCUGUGUCGUAAAUGGGAAAACGUUCGGGGAGACAGCUGUCAUUUGCAAAUGGUUGUCCCUAAAGUUAAAGUACCGGAUGUUCUACAGCUGUACCAUAAUGAUUGUUCAGGAGGCCAUCUGGGAGUUAAACGAACUCUACUGAAGAUCCGAGAACGGUUUUACUGGGUCCACUGUCGAAACGAUGUCGAGGACUGGUGUCGCAAAUGUACAAGUUGUGCGGCUGUAAAGGGACCUCAGACUCGUAGUAGAGGUGCAUUGAAGUUGUACAAUGUUGGUGCACCAUGGGAGAGAAUAGCCAUUGACGUGGCGGGGCCGUUUCCGGAGAGUGAAAGCGGUAACAAGUAUUUCAUGGUUGUGAUGGAUUACUUCACUAAGUGGCCAGAAGUCUUCGCCAUUCCAAAUCAAGAAGCUUCAACAGUUGCAGAUAAACUAGUUCAUGAAGUCUUCUGUCGUUUUGGAGUACCUUUAGAGAUUCACAGCGAUCAAGGAAGGAAUUUUGAGUCUCAAAUAUUCCAGGAAACUUGCCGAGUUAUGGGUACUCAUAAAACAAGAACGACUUCUUAUCACCCGCAAUCUGAUGGAAUGGUGGAACGAUUUAAUCAGACAUUGGAGAGGUACCUAGCAAAAGUUGUAGACAAUCGGCAACGAGAUUGGGACAAGCACAUACAACCGUUUUUGUUGUCAUAUCGAAGUUCUGUUCACGAAAGUACAGCAGUGACACCAGCUUUCGCAAACUUUGGAAGAGAAUUACGGCUGCCUGCAGACCUGAUCACCGGGAUACCACCCGAUGCUCCACGCAGUAUAACCGAUUAUGCAAAUGACUUGCGGAAAAAAAUGAAUGACGUUUAUGAGCACGUCAGACAAUCGGGCCAGCAAAUGUCUGAAAAGAUGAAAACCCGGUAUGACCGCAAAAUGAACAACAAAGGGUUCGACGAAGGUUCACUUGUGUGGUUGCACAAUCCAGUCCGCAGCAAAGGGAAAUCUCCUAAGCUUCAAGCUAAAUGGGACGGCCCGUACCGGAUUGUAACCAGGAUCAACGAUGUGACCUACCGGAUACAGAAAGGCGCAAGAGGGACUCCUAAGAUCGUCCAUGUGGAUCGCUUGGCGCGUUAUUAUGGGACCGAUAAUGCUCGGGACGAGCAUGUCUUAGGAGGGGGCAGUGUUGCAUGA